AUGGAUAUGACUACUUGCGUCGGCAGAAGAACUCGUUCGAGGACGGAAUCUUACUUGAACUCGCUUCUGAACAAAUCAAAGGGGAUUGCUGUGGAGAAUCAAUCUAGGAGUAGGAUAGAGAGGCGGCAGAAGAGAGAUUCCGUGCGUGAUUCUAUUUCUCCGGCGAAACCGAAACCGAAACCGAAACGGCGACGGGAAAAGAAGAGGAAAGACGACGACGAUGUGGAGUUCGUGGAGACUAUCUACACGGAAGGUAAGCAUGAUGAUGAUAAUGUAGGUUCAUCAUCAGUGAUUACUCCUGAUCUAGAUAAGGUCUGUGAUGAUGUUUUUGUCGAAACUAUCCCUGGAGGGAAAGAUGAUUGUGAUAUGGUUGUGGAAGAUGCUGAUUUGAGGGGUGAGGAGAAGGUUUCAGAGACUGAUGAGGUUGUGAGUCUUAGCUCUAGUUCUGAAGAAGGAGAAGAAGAAGUCUCUGUAGAAGACGUAGGAAGUGAUGAUGAAGAAGAAGAAGAAGAUGCGGAGUCUGACUCGUCUGAUUACAUGGAGGAAAGCUCCGAUUCUACUUAUACAGGGAGCUCUGAUAGUGGUUUUGAUUGUUCUGAUGAUGAUGAGGUUGGUCACGGUGGUGGUGAUGCCAGAAACACUGCAAAAGUGAGGAACAAGAGUCCAAGUGAAAGAGUAUAUAAGAGGGAGAGGCGGGAGAAUGAUUUGGAUGUAUUUAGGCUGCUAGCAAAAUCUGUUUGGGAUAAAACAAAGAUUCUCGAGGAAUAUAUCUCCUCGGGGGGCGACGACGAGGAGGUUGAUACUAGAGAAGAUCCUAUAGUUAGAGAGACCUCUACUGAAUAUCCUCUAGUUAGAGAGAGGAAACGAAGGAGAUACCAUAGGGAGAAAAAGAAGAAGCACUUGAAUGUGAAUGAUGUGGUAGGAGAUUCAUUUUGUGGGGAAGGUGAUGUGGGUGGAAAACCGUGGGUUUCGACUUAUGUAAACCUUAGAUUUGGUUGUGAGGAGGAGCCUGAGCCAAUCGAGAAAACGGAAGAGGAGAAAGAGAUAGACAGGUUGUGGGAAGAUAUGGCCUUGGCUUUAUCAUUGGAACGAGUACACUCUUCUACUUAUGCUAAAAAUGGUGUGUCAUGUAGCAAUGGGAAGCAUGACUUCGUAUUGGAUGAAGAAGUUGGUCUAAAAUGCCGCUACUGUUCUUAUGUCUCCGUCGAGAUCAGAGAUGUCUCGCCUACUAUGGACAAGUAUCGUGCUAAUAUUAAUGACAAGAAGACAUGCAGUGACAUAAAGGGUGGUACUUUACUUGACAGCCUUGAUUUUGAAGCUUCAGACCGCAGCAGAGAUGUGGAGUCUUUGAAAAAUACACAAGGAACAGUCUGGGAAUACAUCCCUGGCAUAAAAAACACUCUGUACCCACACCAACAAGAAGGCUUUGAAUUUAUGUGGAAGAACUUAGCUGGGACAACAAAACUUGACGAGUUGAAAAGCUCAGUAGGAAAAGAAAGUGGCGGAUGCAUUAUCUCUCACUCGCCUGGAACUGGAAAGACGCGUCUGACCAUCGUGUUUCUUCAGUCAUACCUUGAACAGUUUCCAGAGAGCCAUCCUGUGGUGAUAGCUCCUGCAAGUUUAAUGCUUACUUGGGAAGAAGAGUUCAAAAAAUGGAAUUCAAACAUUCCGUUUUAUAACAUGAGUAGUCAAGAUUUUUCAGGGCAAGAGAACCAAUCAGCUGUCUCACUUCUAAAGGGAAAUAAGCACCUUAGGAGAAACAAGGAUUCUGUCCGUAUGGUCAAGCUAUAUUCUUGGAGGAACAAGAAAAGCAUCCUUGGCAUCAGCUAUAAUCUGUAUGAGAAGCUCGCUGGGAACAGGUGCGCUGGAGAAGUACAAGAGUUUAGAAAGAUGUUACUAGAAUUGCCCGGGCUGCUGGUCCUUGACGAAGGCCACACACCGAGGAACCAUAAUAGUUGCAUUUGGAAAGUGCUCACUGAAGUCAAAACAGAGAAGCGUAUCAUUCUUUCAGGGACACCGUUCCAGAAUAAUUUCAAGGAGCUUUCUAACGUCUUGUGCCUGACAAGACCAGCUUAUGCAGAUAAGAUCUCUUCGAGGCUCCAAGAUCUCACAAGGUUGAGCCAAGAAGGCCAAAACGGGAGGUUCGAUGAAGAGGUUGGAAUCUCAGAGCUUAAGGAUAUGAUUGCUCCUUUUGUUCACGUCCACAAAGGAAACAUCCUUAAAGAAAGCCUUCCUGGUCUAAGAGACUGUGUUGUGAUGUUGAACCCUCCUUUUCAGCAGGAGAAAAUCUUGAAAAGAAUUGACCAUUCUCAAAACACGUUUGAGCUUGAGCACAAGCUUUCAGCUGUUUCGGUACACCCAUCUCUGUAUAUGUGCUGCAAGCAAACCAACAAGGAACGGUUAACAAUUGGUCCAGUAGCAUUGAAAGUCCUGGAGAGCCUCAGGCUUGACUCAAAGGAAGGUGCGAAGACUAGGUUCCUGAUUGACUUCAUCCGCUUCAGUGACACAGUGAACGAGAAAGUCUUGGUGUUUAGUCAAUACAUCGACACUCUAGAGCUGAUCAGGGACCAGCUCAAUUCAGUAUUUGGCUGGACAGAAGGUGAAGAGAUUCUCUAUAUGCAUGGUCAACUUAAACAAACAAUUAGACAGCAUCUGAUCAACAACUUCAACAGACCAGACAGUAAAUCUAAAGUGCUACUAGCAUCAACAGGAGCUUGUUCAGAGGGCAUUCAUCUCGUCGGCGCCUCGAGAGUUGUGCUCCUCGAUGUUGUUUGGAACCCUUCUGUUGAGCGGCAAGCCAUAAGCCGAGCAUACAGAAUUGGUCAGAAGCGGGUUGUGUACACUUACCAUCUUAUGGUUAAAGGCACAACUGAGUGGGGUAAGUACUGUAAGCAAACGAAGAAACAUCGCAUCUCCGAAAUGGUCUUCUCUCCUACCAACGAGAAGGACAAGCUUAUUGAAAACGAAGUUGUGUCUGAAGAUAAAAUCCUGGACGAGAUGGUUCGCCAUGAGAAGCUGAAAGACAUGUUUGGGAAAGUACUUUAUCGCAAGAAGGAAUCUGACAUGUUUACAGACAUCCUCUGAUUUGUAAUAUAUCCUUUUUGUUUCUGCUAAGCGUUUUAUAGAUAUUAUUUUUUUUUUUGUUUUUUUAAUAGAGUUCGCUAUAGUAGUAAUAUGUAAUUUGCUAGUUCGAUUACUUCUAUAAUCAAGGAAAGAGACAAUGUUUAGCUUGAG